AAGUUCUAAUUUGACUAUUUUCUGUCUAAUUUUCUAAUUGGGCUAUUACUUUAGUUAGCCAAUUGUUGUUAGAUGUAUUUAAAUGUUGGAAAGGUAUCACUCAGCAAAACAAAAAUUAUAAUGAAUAAUAAAUUGUGCGUGUUUUUGUGUCGUAAGCGUAAGUUUUUCUGGGUUUUCUAUGACCGGAAUUUAUUAUAAAUUUGUAAGCCAUCAAUUUGUCAUCAAUGGACAUAAUAACAUCGUUCGUUAGACCUAUCAAAAACAAACAUUAUCUACAAUCGAAAAACCUAUAAUAUACACUUAUAAGUACAGGCAAAUUAUAAGUCUUCAAAAAAACAUGACACUUUGACAGUCAGUCACUACAUCACAAUCAUUUACAUAAUUCCUGAGAAAUAAUUUCGUUAAUUAAAAAAUUCGUAUUCUGUUCAUGAAAGAAAUCCUCUAAAAUUUCAAUUGGUUUGGAUUGGAUAAACGGCCAGGUAAACAAUGACACCAAGCAAUAAAUUGUAACUUUCCAGCUAACGAAAACGAGUACCUACCUCUCUAUAUUUCCAUCCACCACAUGCUUUAAAAUUAAAAAAAAAAAAAACAAAAAAUAAAGGAGACCUCUCAUCUUAAGUCCCAUCACAAGUCGUAAGUCUAAAAAGUCCCAAUCCCAACCACAACUACUAUAAUGUUUGUGGAACGUAUUUUAUGUUCCCCUUCUUAUUUAUUUUGUUGUUUUCCUCUUGAAUUUGAUUUUGUUGCUCACGAUCGAGAUUUCUCUCAGCUCUUCGUUUGGGUCUGGGUCUGCAUCAACUUCAGCUUCAGCUUUAGCUUCGGUACUCUGUUUUCAGCCAGGCCUUGUGUGUUUUACCACCAAAAUCGAAUCGCAGCAACAGCUUGGCUUGAAGUUGCUGUCGAGUCUUUUUUUAGUUAGCCACUUACGUUGACAGCGAUCGGUCGGUGGACUUGUGGUCUUAUGGUCUUGUGAAUCAUUGAAUAUUAUUUGCCUUCGAAAUUGUAUAAGUCGCCUCCUCGAUCUCUCGGAGUCUUUCGUCGCUCGGUCGUGAGACCAAUUGUUGAAUUUUGUUUUGUUUGUGUGUUUUUACCUCUUUCGCUUUUUAGUGUGUCACAUAGCAUUUCGUAACACAAUUGUUUUGAAUUUGUUGUUGUUGGAAUUUGGUUUCUUCUUACUUGGAUUUGGAUUUCGAAUUGGAUUUGGAUUUUGAUGUUGUGUUGUGUGUCGCUUGGAAAAGUGGCAAAUAAGAGAUAUUAAGUGCUACAUUGCGCGCAAGAGGUCUUGUUAAAAUAAGAGGACGACAAGCUCGAAGUGAAAUAUUUGUGUGCGCUGGCUUUGCAGAACAAUUGUGUGUGGCCGCUUCCAUUCGGGUAAUGUUGCGAAAUUUUAACGUAUGUUUGUCGUCUGUGCAUUUAUGUCGGUUGAACGGUGAUUGAAAUUGAUGGGCAGCAAACAGAAAAAGACUUUUUUUAAAUUUAAUUUCUUUUUUCUUUCGCUAGAACGCUGCCAUUUUAAGAGACUAAGCGAGUGAUUGGGUAAAAGGUCAUACGUGUGACAAGCUAAAGGAAUGCUCCUAACUAUUCUGACGACGGUAUUAUGAAAUCGAAUGUAUCGGGGCGAGUUGUACCGCAACCAGGAUCAUCAUCAGGAUGUAGACCACAUAAUUUUUUCUAUAACUUCCACCAGCAGCAGCAGCAGCAACACCAACAACACCAUCACCAACAACAGCAACAUAAUCUGCCCUACCACCCACACCAUCAGCAGCACCAGCAACAGCCUCAGCCGCCACCACAUCAUCAAAACUAUGCAAUGCUUCCAUGUUUUAACCAACACAAUACGAGUGGCUGGGCUGGGAUACCUUUGAUAUCCACGGCCGCAUCUUCAAACCGUCGUCAAAGGAAGCCAACUACUGGGGGACAUAGACAUCCACCCCAACAACCAUUGCCCUGUAAUUCCCUUCCAAUGUAUAAUUCCAACCGAGAUCUGCAUUCCAACGAGUAUGACUUGAAUCCAAUGACUCGUCUGGCAAUGCACACCCAAGGAGCUCCUCUUCUCCUAACUGGAUCGUUUAAUCGGAAUCGUUUGAAUUGCAACCGUCAGUUGAGACCACUGAAUCCUAAUUCGUCUGAAGGAUACCCUCCUUGCGGCUACAAACCCAAUAAUCCGAUUCAUCAAAAAACUAAAGAAAACCAUAUAUCUGGAGUAGGAGUUGGUGUAGGAGGAGGAGUAUCAGCAGUUUCGAAUGCACAAAGCGAUUCAACAGCAGUGGCUUGUCUUCCCAGAAUCAUCAAACCAAGAAAAAGGAGGAAAAAAGAUCGCAAACCUCUUCCAAACACAAAUAAUUUUGUCAAAAAAAUUGAUCAUGAAUCGAAUGCAUGUGCUUCAAAGCGAGACUAUCCGCUGAACAUGGUUCAGCAUCACACACUUCCAUCCUCACAUAUGCUCGGUUUCGACGAAUUCGAGAACCGAUGCAAUCUGAAGAACGACGAACCCAAUCACAUCUCAGAUGCCCAGGAUCCGGCAACAGGAUACAUUUGUUUUUGCCGACAAUGCGAUCCACUAAGUCGCAUAUGGGCAUUCCCAUUACGUCGAUCACAUUCCGAUAACUCGUCCGACACCACGGAGUUUGAAAGAGCCACCAUCAAAAAUGUCGGAGUAAUCGGUUCGAAUCGCCAAUCAACCCAAGGUAACAUCAAGAACGCUAAUCACACCGGCAGCUUGAGUGAUUCCAGUGAUUCUGGAUAUGGCGAUAUCCUGAGUGGAAUUCAAAUUGGUGAUAAUUUCUUUCAAAACGAUAUCGACAAUAACAUCAAUAGCAACAACAAUUAUCUUCAGUUACAGAAGCUUCCAAAUGAUCUCCUCUUAAGUCCUACAGCUGAAUCCCUUCUAACUGAGAGUAUAAAUGAAAUAUCACGCAAGCUAAUGGAGACUUGUGACAUAAAAGGAGCGAGUGCAAGCAGCAGCAGUUCAUCAUCAUCUUCAUCGACGUCGUCUUCAUCAGAUAGUUGCAGUGUUUUCUCAGACAGUGGCCUGAGUAGUACCACAAGCAACAAUCCUCCAAGUGGCGAUGAAUUAAUAUUCAACUUUGAAAAUCUCUCAAUAAAUUCCCUGAAUAAUCAUCCCAAUCUACUGUUUCCCACCACCAAUAACAUCAACAACACCAACGAAUCCAUGUUUGAUUGUUUCUCCACUUCAGACAUCAAUAAUAACACUAUUCAUGUACCAGGCGAUGGAGGAGGAGGAUCACCCAGGAUAGAUCCGCAUCUCUUUAAUUGCCUAGACAUGUUAUGGGGUACUCAACAACAGCAGCAACACCAACCAUCAUCAUCAUCAUUGCAGUCUUUGGCGUUUUCGAUGUCGAUGUCGUCGUCGUCGUCGUCGUCAUUGCACUCAGACGCUCCCAAACAAACAACGUCAUCUUCGUUUUAUCGGCCUGCAGUAGCUUCCAUGUAGGGUCUUAUUAAACAAAUAACCUUAGCUUAAGUAUUUAUUUUACUUUUGUUGUAAGAAAACACAAAAUAAGACUCACCACAAAAAUACAAAGAAAACAGAAUUGCAGCAGAAGCCGCAGCAACGGCAGCAGUCGCAAUACCGGUUCAUUGUCUGGACUAUGAAAAGUGAAACUUUCACUUUCAUCAGUUUUUGCAUACACUCGUAGAGUACCUCUUUUCGUCGUCGUUCACCGCAACAGCAGCAGCACCAGCAGUGUAAAGAUUGUAAGCGAAUGUAGAUGGCGUUAAGCUUUGUAGGAGACACCAUAGAACAACUUACGAUGAACGAAAGAAGUAUCUUUUUCAAAUCGAUUUUAUUUAUUCAGCGCAUUUAUUCAUUCUCUUUUUAUUUAAUAUUUUUUUUAUUUUAUUAUUUUUAUUUGUUGUUUACGUUUUUAUACCAAUUUCUGUCUCACGGUUGGUAAUUUUUCUCCGGCAUUAGUGUGGAGGUUCCUUUUUUGUUGUUAAAUUUAAUUUGUAUGCUUUGUUGUGAAUAGGUAUAAUUUUUCUUCUAAGUUGUUACAUUGGAUGGAUGGAGGAUGGAGGAUGGAACACCAUACAGAAUGCAGCUCAAGCCAUCGCCAUCGCUAGUUCAUAGCAAGUGAAAGGGAAGACCAAGACACGCUUUUGUGUGUUUUUGGUUUGUUGCAAUGUGCGAGAUGGUGAUUGCUCAAUUUCUGGACUGAAUCAUUGUUUGAAUCCGGUUUUUCAUCAUUUUUCCCAAUGGUAUGUUGGCUCUAACACCGCUCCGGCUGAACCCUCCUUAUGACAUUUAAACUAAUUAUAAUAUGCAAAUGCUUCUGCGAAGCCCGACUUCUUGGCAAAGCAACAUAACAUAUCUUUAGUCGUACGUAGGUAUCUAAAGAAAACUGUGUUUUUUCUCACCUUGAGAUGCUUUGAGAAAUUUAUUAAUAAUGUAUUGAAUGUGUUUUAGAUUUUAUUUAUUCAAGGUUAAUAUUUUAAAUUCAAAUGUUAAUGUUAUUUUUUUUUGUUGAUGUUUGCCGUUGUCCACAAAACAAAGCAUACAUAUUAUAUUUUUUUUGUAUUUUAUUUUGUUAUUUAUUUAUAUAGGUUUAGGUUUCAAAUAUUGAAGAAAUAUGUUAAACAAAAAGACACUAAAAUAAAGCCUUAGAAAAUAAAUACUUUUGCCGGAUUAAAGUUACCUUAAAUAAAAGGGGUUAUAAUAUCUUUGUUUAUAAAUACAUACAUCAAUUAUGUUUGCCUAUUUUAAUGCAUUUCAUUUGUUUUUAUAUAUAUUUUUAAAUUUUACGAUAUUACGAUAUUAAGGUAUGUGGUGGAAGAUCACUUAAAAAUUAAACUAAGAUUUUAUAUAUUUUAUAUACUUUUAUAUAGUAGACUACAGUUUUUUUUUGUUUAAAUAUAGAAAAGAUCUUCAAACAUUUCUUAUUGCAAAAUGUAACAUGGAAUUGCUGUUAAAACAGUGAUUUGUCUUCCUAUUUAUUUAUUUACUUUACCUAUAUUACAAAAACAAAAAGAUCUGCAAUUUAUAUGUUAUUAAACAAUUUGCAAUAUGAAAGGUUUGAAAUAAAAAUUAAU